GCUCGGGGCGGAUUAUUGCUUUAGAGCAAAUAAUGCAUCAUUCUCUAAAUUACUCUUACCUUGCUAAAGAAUACAAAAAAACGCAAUUUAUGCAGGUUAUGUAUCAUGCAAUUAAGUAGCAGAAGCCUCCAGGAGGUAGUGGCUGCUCUAUCAUCUGAAGAAAAAUAUCCAGAAGAAAAAUAUGAUGACGAAGAAAUGGACGACGAGCAGAACAAUGUCGAGAAGCGCUUGAGCAACAGCUCAAACAGGAACAGCAAGAAGACAACGAUAACGUUCAGGACGAAGACAGAGCAAGCUCGUCAAAGAAAGGCGCAGAUCGGGGAGACCGUUUCUUUCUUACGUUCAGGCAGCAAACAUAAAAUGGUCAUUCAAAGCUUCUCGAAUCACGAGAUAGCUCAAGCGAUCGUUUUGAAACUAUUUUUCCCAAAGUUCAAGAUGCCGCGAUGAACGUGAUUUCUCCGCUUGAAGCUUGGUCGCUACUUUUUUCUAACUCGUUACUAGAAGAAGUUAUGUUGCAUGCUAAUGAAUCAAUAGAAGCAAACACACUUAAGGACAAAACCGGAGAAAACUUUCAUUCAAACAUAAACGUAUUAUGGUAUUGACCUUAUAGAGUUAAAAGCAUUUAUAGGGCUUUUUAUUAUGCUGGGAUACGUAAAACAACGAUGACAAGCAUUAAUCAUUCAUGGUCGCGGUUUAUCAUGUAGAGCCACUAUGUCCCGACAUAGAUUUAAAUUCUUAUUAGCAAAUUUGCAUUUUGAUGAUAAAACAACGUGUUUUGAACGAAAAUUAACUGAUAGAUAUUUGCGUCGAUUCGUGAAGUUUGGGAGGACUUUAUAGCUAAUUGUAUGCGUUAUUACAUAUCAUCUGAAAAUGUAACAAUCGACGAGCAGUUGCUUUCCUUUCGCGUCUGAUACGCUUUUUACAUUUAUACGAAAAAUAAACCUGACAGAUAUGGAUUAAAAAUCGUUAUGUUAAAUGAUUCAAAAACUCUAAAACGUAUUAUAUGUUAAAUGCGAUUCUGUAUGUAGGAUCGGUGACAGUAGAAGACACAGAAUCCGUACCAUCAUAUAAUUAUGUUCGAACUUUGAGCGAACCCACUCAUGGAAGCAACAGAAACAUAACCUGCGACAACUGGUUUACAUCAGUUCCUCUUGUAGAGCGAAUGAAAAGCUCGCUAAUAAAACUUUCAAUUAUAGGCACGAUUAGAAAAAAGAAGAAAGAGGUUCCUAAUAGUUUUAAAAUCGCGUCUGAUAUAGGACAAUCGAAAUUUUUAUAUGACGAAGGAAAGACGUUAGUUUCAUACACACCCAAAAGAAAUAAAAUGGUGUUAUUGCUAUCCACUCUCCACAAAAAAUCUCUGGCGAGAUUGAUGAGACUACAAAUAAGCCAGAAAUUAUAUUACAAUAAAACAAAAGGUGGAAACAGAUACAUUUAAUCAGUUGUGUCAAAAAUACACGACGUGUCGCAUGACAAGGCGCUGGCCGUUCAUUUCUGAUGUGGCAUGCUCGAUCAAGAUGGGAUCAAUUCAAUGAUAUUAUACAAUUUGCAAGCAAACAAUGAUAUUUUAAUGCGUUAUGAUUAUUUAUUAUCUUUGGCAAUGCAACUUGUGAUGCCUUUAUUGGAGCAUCGAUACAAUACGAUACAUUUGCAAAUUCAUGUGCGAUAUCUUAUUGAAAAUUUUAUUGACAAGAAGAGGGACCAAGACCGAUGAAUCCAACAAACUAGAUAAGAAAAAAAGAUGUUCGUUUUGUCC